AUGGAAGGGAGGAAACAGCUUGGGAGAAUCGUGACCGCUGGCCAACUGUCACUGUGUUCUGAGGAACAGAGUCCUCAGCCUGGCAUCACCAGGCCCUCACCUGGCGGGGUGAUCUCAGGACCAACAGAACCAAGUGAGGAGGCCCAUCCCCAGCCUCCAUCCACCAGCCCAAAGAGGAAGAGAGACUUGUCAUCAGAUUCUGAGGAUGACCUGGCAGAGCUGCUAGAACCUGAUCCUGAGCCGGUGUGGUCAGUGGAGACAUUGUGUGGGCUCCGGAUGACGCUGAAGAGGCGGCACGUGUCUACAGUGAGACCUGAACACCACGAGGUCUUCACCAGGCUGCUGGAGGAUCCUGUCGUGAAAAAAUUCCUGGCCUGGGACAAGACGCUCAGAGUGUCUGAUAAGUACCUCCUGUCUAUGGUCAUAGCUUAUUUCAGCCGCGCUGGGCUUUUCUCCUGGCAGUAUAGGCCAAUCCACUUCUUCCUGGCUCUGUACCUGGCCAAUGACAUGGAGGAGGACAACCAGGCCCCUAAACAAGACAUUUUUUACUUCCUCUAUGGAAAGAGCUAUGCCCAGCGCCCCAUGUUCCACAAACUGCGGUUCCAGUUCAUUCGAUCCAUGGACUGGAGGAUCUGGGUGUCUCGGGAGGAGUGUGAAGAGAUCCAGGCUUACAACCCGGAGCUGUGGGUGUGGGCACGAGAUCGAACCAACCUGACCUAGAACCCUAGGGCCAUGGAGGCAUGAGGUCAUUGGCCUGAAAUAG